AUGGUCCACGCUAGGAUUGUCCCAUGGGCUGAUAAGAAAGAGUUAGAUGAACUAAAAUAUUGGUUUUAUAGCGAUGAGGAGAGGUUGCAAUUACGAGCUAUCAAUAAAGUAAAAAGUUACAAGAGCAAAGGAUCCCAGUAUUUACCUCAUGUUAUUGAGUCUACAGCACAACUGACAAAUGUUUUGAUUAUGGAUAAGAAGUCGUUGUAUAGUGACGACAUUAGCAGGGAAAUCAACGCUAGAUUGAUGUAUACAAUGACGCUAAUUCGAUUUGUCAAUGGUAUCCUAGAUCCUAACCAAAGAUCUCAAUUUGCUAUUCCGUUACACACCAUUGCCAAGAAUGUCGGGUUGAGUAGCUGGUUUGUUGAUCUGAGACAUUGGGGAACACACGAAAGAGAGCUUCCAGGAUUAGAUAUGCUACGGAUUGCGUCAAAGGAAGCACUGUCAUGGUUGCGUGAUCAUUAUUGGGAAGAUAAUGAGUUGGAAGAGAGUAUGAGCGAGGGUGAAGAAGCAGAGAAUACCGAUGCAGAAGACGAAACAGAAAAGGCAACUGGAUUUACCACGGAGCAGCUGAAAGAACUGAUUUCGUCUUGGCCUAGUUUCUCUAAAGAUUUUUUGAACAACAAAUCUAUGUGGACUCCCGCUAAGGGAAAGAAAUUGAUUAGCAGCGAAAGCUUUACGGUUGAGGACCAUUCUGAAAUUGAGAAAUCCAAGACGCAGAGAAAGAUUGAAGCCAAUCUCGAUAAUUACGUUCAGAGUUGGAGGAACCUCUGGAGGGCAAGUAAAGAUAAAGCUAGAUUAGUGAGUAUAUGCCUGUCAAGCUACUCACCACUUCUGACACAAGUUCUGAUCUGCAAAUUGGACCAAUUUCUAUUCCACACGAUGGACCAGAUACUGAAAAUUUAUCAGACGCAAAUUUCUUCUCUUGAAGAUACGAAAAUAACAGCUCUUGAAGCCCAUUAUCCGAGACUAGAUAAUCUGCAUAGGGAAUUACUCAACGUGUUGCUGAAAUAUAGUAACAUAAAAUUGAUAACUUCCCAAUACAAAGAUUGGAUGGAUUUGAUACGAAGGUAUCGAAACACACUAUCCCUGGAGUUGUGUACCAGAUUGUUGAAUCUGCUGAGUCGUCAACAGAUUGCAAACGACGACUGGAGGAAUAACAAGAAGAGAAAGUGGAAAAACAAAAGCAAUGAGGGAGAGUUUCAAGACUCGCUAGUCGAGGUAAUUGGUGUUUUGAGGAAAGAAACAGAUAUUUCUAAAGAAAAAGCAGCAUACGAACGGAGACUGAAGAGCAAAUGUGAUGAAAAGACUGCAAACCAAGACCUGAUAACCGACUUGAGCGCAGAUGAUAUCCUGGCUGAUUUACAACGACUUAAGCAGAAAAUGCAGUCCACACUCAAAGAAGAUCCGGCAGCACAGGACCCCGUUCCGAUUAAAAAGUGGGAACGGUGUUCAAACUGGACGCCGAAACCAUUCGGCACUAUAUAA